AUAAUCGAGAGCAGAGCAAUCCCCCUCGCCUCCAACCCAAACCCAAACAAGAGAGAGAGAGAGAGAGACGGUGGUUGGCCGGUGGCGAGGCGAUGAGGGCGAUCACCGGCGCCGUCCUCUCCUCCAAGCCCUGCUCGCUCGCCAAGGCCGCCCGCAUCCUCGACCUCUUCGCCGACUCCGCCGCCUCCAACCUCCCCUCCUCCGACGCCGCCACCUACCUCCACACCGCCGCCGACGCCACCAAAAACCACCACCGCUUCCGCCUCGACCUACUCAACUACUACCACCGUGGGGAUACUGCCUCCGCCUCCGACAAGAAGAAGAGGAAGCGUUCAGAGGACCAUCACCAAGCAGCCACUCAUGUGAAGCAGGAGCAGGAGGCACAACAAGUGGCCUUCGCUGCUGAUCUCGUCGCGGAAGAAGAAACGGACAAGGAGACGAGCAAGAAGAACAGGAAGAAGAAGAAGCAUGAGAGUCAGCAAGAGAAUGCAAGGGAUGUGAAACAAAACGGUGGUGCUCCCGAGCAAAGAUUUGCCAGCCCGGAGAAGAAAAGGAACAAAAAGAAUCAUCCGGAAGAGGAAGAGGUGAAGACAGUUGUGAAAGGGAUAAUAGUUAGUGCUGGUGAUUCUGUAGCCACUGAGAAAAAGAGAAAAAAGAAGAGGGAGAGAGCUGAUGAUACCGACAACGACAAAGAGCAAGUAGAGCAUACAAGGAAGAAGCCGCGGAAUCGGUCCUGAUUUUAGGUUUAGUGCAGCCCAUUCUGAUUGAAGCUGUUCCAGAAUUUUUGAAGGUGGUGUGGUGAGGUUGUUCUAGCUGCUGUAUUCUAUCUUCAUUUUGUCACUGGGGUUGGGUUGUGGACUUCAUGGUUUUAUCUUGUAAUAUCAAUCCAUAUGCCCUGCUUUUGUAACAGUGAAAUUUACAUUGUUGUUGUCCCUUGACUCCCUGUUACUCUGGUGCCGUCGGUUGCUAAUUUGCUGUUUA